CUAGUACGCAAGUUGACGCCGACUGACGAUUUUUGCGUUUUCGAAAAUUAAACAACCAAUUGCAACAACGGCUACCGCAAUGUCUGAUGAGGAAAACAAUUACGCCUGGGACGACAACCUCCUUAUUAAGGCAUAUGAUGACUCCGUGAAACUGGCACGCGAGGACUUGGCUCGCCGUAUUGCCGAUUCCACAAAUCGUCGUGCCGAAGUGAACAAGGAACUGGCCGAUACCGCUACAGGACCUACCACACCUGAAGUGGUCGAGUUCAAGGUGGGUGACUUUGCACGUGCCACAUAUACGGAUGGGCUGGACUAUGAGGGCACAGUGAUUUCCAUCAAUGCAGAGACAGCUUCCUGUGUGCUACGCUAUGUGGGCUAUGAGAAUGAGCAGGAAGUGCCUUUGGCCGAGCUCUUACCGUCCUGGGGCAAGAAGGCGCGCCGUGAGCAGGUUAUCUAUGCCAAACAGGAAGAAGCUGAGAAGGACGAGGAAGAACCACAGCAGCAGCGUGCCAAGGCUGCCAGGAAAUCGGGCAAAGGCAAGCCCGAAACCGAUGCCUUUGCUGCUGGUCGUAGCGCAGCUGCACUGCGUAUGCCGCCACCGCCGCCACUGCCACCGAUGUUCAAUCCUAACAAUGGCAUGGAUGGCGAGGCGGGGCAGGAUUUAGCCGCUAUGCUUAUGUCGUGGUACAUGUCUGGCUACUAUACAGGACUUUAUCAAGGCAAAAUGCAAGGCAAUAGCAAGCAGAAGAAAUGUUCCAAGAAUAAUUAAUUUUAAUCUCGAAAAGACUUUGUUGCCUAGGCAUUUAAGUACGUACCUCUACAUAUGUAUAUUAAUGUAUAGAUAAAUAAAAUUGCUAUAAGCCUGGAAGAA